UGCAGCAUGGGAGUGGUUUUCGUAAAAAAGGACGAACAGGUUCAAAAGUGGUCCAAAGCGAAUGUCAUCUAGUAGAAGUACAAUUUGUGCCGCAAGCCGUAGCUUUGAGCCUUGGCCAUCUACUUCAAAUUGAACUGCAGUGAGUGCGUCUAACAGAUAUACCGCAGUGUAGGCUCAGCCACAACCACAUCCAUGUUCUCCGUGAAGGAUUAAACAUAUGAAUCAUUUCCUUCGGGUAUGGCCAAUCACGCGACUGUGAUGCCACUUGCUUCGAUGGCGUGCUCGAUCAUUCUCGUUGAAACAGUGCCCGACCCGUAUCCGAGACAAUUGUGUCAUCCGUGACGAACAUUUAUCGAAAGUUGUCGAUCGCAAUCUUGGCAGCAAUCUUCUUGUUCUCUAGAAGUUGCAUUCUUGUCCGUCGUCGUCGCCUUGGAGUGUCGCAAAGAUUCGAAAAUUUCACUCCAAGAAAGAACAUUCGGGGUAAGGCGCUGCAGGGAUCUUUCGUAAUGUGCGGUCUCAUUCAAAACACGUGCAACCUCAUCUUGUGGUCGACGACCCACUUGGACGAUUGAUCAUGAACGUCAUGAUGCAUGAAAUUCUGGUUUUCAACGAAUCGUUGAAAUCAACCGGUAAAUAAAUUCUACCAGGAAAGAUAUCCCCAUUCUUUUCUAUGCUGCCCCCUGUGGGCCUGGAAAAGAACAAUCAUAGGAAUCAAAUGUACAACAAAAACCGAAAACAUGCAUAUUUCAUAGUUUUUUCAUGAAGUUACGACACAAUGAUUUGUUUUAUAUUUUCCAAUGCAAUUAAACGAACAGACGGAUUCAAUUUCACAGUAUUGUUUCAAAACGCUACAAACAAUCUAUGUCGUCUUAUUGAGCAGUUUGAUUCGAGACCAGAAUUCCUUGAUAAAAUUAUUAAAAAAGAAAUCAAACAGCUUUCUUUGUUCUUGAUGCGAUUGCACAAACAUCACUGUAGGAUCCAUGGUUGAUUUUUUUGGAUUCAUUUUGGGAUUACGUUCACAUUCGCUCAUUCAUGCAAUGCCACCUGACAUUCGAUCUGGUUCAAUAUUUCAUUUUCAUCGCUCAAACCAAACUAGCUCCAACCCAAAAUCAAUCGAAAACAAGCCUUGGUUGUUCAUUUCUUGCUCAAGUCCCGGUCACCAUGCCGUACCACAGAAGCGGAAAAUCCAAUGCAACGACAACCUGGUUCAUUCUUUGCCAUUGGCUGGCUGAMAAAACACAGAAAUACACAGAAAUUUGAUGCCCGUGAAUCCAGUUCACUCACCACCGUCGCCGCCAUCGUCUGGGUUAUUUGAUUGUACGUUGGGAGGGAAAAGCAUUCGCAGCUUGUCAAUAGACAUCGACUGCAAGUGAACGGUCCCUGGGCCUGAUAAAUUUUGAAAGAAAGGAGUAAUUGAUUAUAAGGCAAGGACACGCAUGAAACAAGACUCUUUCCAUCGUCAUAGCUCUCUCACACUGACAUAGAUACAUUAUUUGCAGCACUAGCAACGUAACAGAAGCUCGCUACUCACCCGUGAGUUCGGUAUUGAAGAUUCCCUCGCCGCCACAGCACAUUGCAGCAAUACCUCCAACCGGCCGAACAUCCACCGAGACAGAAGACUCGAAGCACAAGAUGCUCUUUCCAUCUACCAGUAAGGUCUCUCCUUGAUUUAGAGUCUUCUUGAUGACCGUUCCCAUGGCCAUCAAAAAAGCCCAUUCUCCGUUUUCGACCGUUUGGACAAUGACUGACGCAAAAUCAGGAAAAAAGAAUAAACACAGAAACCAAAAGCAUGGAAGAACAAUGACAAACGAAACCAUAACCAAGUGAGUUGUCGGAAAGGCAACAAUGUGUUUUGCAGGAUUCCKGGAUCCAGAUGCUGAAUUUUCCCGCAAGAAGAACCGACACAAGAUAGCAAAGGCUCUCUACGUACAAUCCAUGCCACUGCAGCACAUAGCCAGGGCCGAAGAAGCUGGGUUGAAGCCCGCACCAACGUCCGUCAUGGUCUCUCCCAUCCCAACGGUGGCGCACAAGAAGGAAUCUCGCAGGGCGAUCACCUUUCCUGCCUUCGCCAUGUUGAUGGGGACGAUGACACCGGGAUAGUCGGGCGUCAUUCCAAUAUAGCCGUCUUCGGUGCUGUCAUUGGUGUAGGUGAUCUGGAAGAGGGACCCACCACCGGCUAAACGGCCAAAGGUCUUUCCGAGCCCCGCUAGCUUGCACUCCAUCUUCAUUCCUUUUGUGCAGUGAGUGGCAGAACAAGAGGGAGGUGUGAGACAACGAACGUGCAUUGAUCGAAAGUCGACUCUAUCCAAAACCGAACGAGCAAAAACCCACCUUCGCUCAUGUAGGCCAUGGCACCCGAAAAGCACAUGAUCUGUCGACCGGCACGCACCGGAAAUUGAACGAUUUGCGCGUCGGUGCCCAGAAUGUCGUAGUAUGGCAUUUCAUCCUUAUAAUUUGGCACCGUUGGGGGCACCCAUAGCUCGAAGCCUUCUAGCAUCUUGAGUUGCUCCUUCUCUUGGAACGCUCUAAAACAAUGCAAUCAAUAUAUAUGGCGGAGGGGCUUUUCUUACGCAGAAUUAUUUCACUGCUUUUGCUUCUUCGUCUUCGUCGGCUACACGUAUCUAAUUCCAAAUCGAUGUCUCACUAAAACAAUUAGCGAUUC